AGAGGUGUCAAAGUUCAGCGAGAACGCUCUGUCUUCCUCUACUGUGGGCGACGGCCAUCGAGCAACACCGCUGAAAUGGGAAAAUUUAUGAAACCCGGGAAGGUGGUUCUGGUGCUGGCUGGUCGCUAUGCUGGACGCAAAGGUGUUAUUGUAAAGAACAUUGAUGAUGGGACUUCUGACAGGCCUUACAGUCAUGCCCUGGUUGCUGGUAUUGAUCGUUACCCUCGAAAAGUGACUGCAAAGAUGGGUAAGAAGAAGGUGGCCAAGAGGUCCAAAAUCAAGUCCUUUGUGAAAGUCUACAACUACAACCAUCUGAUGCCAACCAGAUACUCCGUUGACAUUCCCUUGGAUAAGACCAUUGUGAACAAGGAUGUUUUCAGGGAUCCUGCUUUGAAAAGAAAGGCCAGGCGGGAAGCCAAAGUAAAAUUUGAGGAAAGGUACAAGACAGGAAAAAACAAAUGGUUCUUCCAGAAGCUCCGGUUCUAAGUUGUAUAUCAGAUAAAAUAAAUUUCAUUUAAAUUGUA